AUGUCUGACAGUGGUAGCAGUGACUGCAGUGAUCUGUCAGCUCUUCUGUACAGCCGCACUGUGCGCAAUCUUCGAGCUGCAGAGUGUUUCUAUGUGCUCGUGCUCUGGGUCCUGAGUGAUAGGUCAGUUGGAGCAUGUUUGGUGAGUGGGUGGCUCAAGCCUGCCGGAAAGCCCGCCGGGCAGAAAAAUUACAAUAAUUGUAUCUUUUAA